CAAUCUCUCUCAUCCCCUCUUUCCCCCUAAACAACCUCCCCCCCCAACCCCUAAAUUCACCUCAAACUCUCUCCAUCCACCACCAUCUCACCGGAAAAAUGUCGUUACCGGCGCGCGAACAGCACGUCUACAUGGCGAAACUCGCCGAACAAGCCGAACGCUACGACGAAAUGGUCGAAUUCAUGGAAAAAGUGUCCGAAACCGACGAACUCACAGUCGAAGAACGAAACCUGCUCUCGGUGGCGUACAAGAACGUGAUCGGGGCUCGUAGGGCGUCGUGGAGGAUCAUAUCGUCGAUCGAGCAGAAAGAGGAGUCGCGAGGGAAUGAGGAUCAUGUGAAGGUGAUCAAGGAGUAUAGAGCGAAGAUCGAAGCGGAGCUUACUAGGGUUUGUGAGGGGAUUUUGAAGCUGCUGGACUCGAGAUUGAUUCCGAAGGCGAGUACGGGUGAUUCGAAGGUGUUUUAUUUGAAGAUGAAGGGGGAUUAUCAUCGGUAUCUUGCUGAGUUUAAGACUGCUGGUGAAAGGAAAGAUGCUGCUGAGAGUACUCUUACUGCUUAUAAGUCUGCUCAGGAUAUAGCAAACAGUGAACUUGCACCAACACACCCUAUUCGCCUUGGACUGGCUCUCAAUUUCUCUGUGUUUUACUAUGAGAUUUUGAACUCUCCUGACCGAGCUUGUAGCCUUGCCAAACAGGCUUUUGAUGAAGCAAUUGCUGAGUUGGAUACCUUGGGUGAGGAGUCCUACAAAGAUAGCACCUUGAUCAUGCAACUCCUUCGUGACAACCUCACUCUGUGGACCUCUGAUAUGCAGGAGGAUGGAGGUGAUGAAAUUAAGGAAGCUGCUGCUGGUGGAAAGCAAAGUGAGGAGCAACCACCACAGUGAGGCCUCAUGCUAAGAUUCUUGCCUUUGUUUUAAUAUUUAUUAGAUAAAUUUUACAAAAUGGUUUUUGAAUUUUUGGUUAAUAAUCAAAUGUUUUAAUGCAUUUUGGAGGAGAACAUGAUAGUUUAUUUAUUUACAUGUUUGUACUUGUAUUAUUCCUGCAAAACAUCAUUGUUGUAGAAAUGGUGUUGAACAUGAUUUACAUAUAUGUAUUGUAUUUUUUUCCAUCA